AUGAACCUGCCGCCGAGUCCUCAAGAGGCAGCAGCGUGGACUCCUGAAGUCAGGGACACUGAGGCGCAGAGCAGUUGGACGACUUGCUCAAGGUCACGCGGCCAGGCAGAGCUGGGUCAGAUCCCUGUCAGAACCCUGUGGUUCUGCUUCAGAACCCCAGCUCUUGACCUUGAUCCCUUUGCCAUCCUAUGGGCUGGUGGGGAGCUGGACGAGGAGCACUGGCCACGGGGGUACCCAGAGUGCGGGGGCAACCGGCAGUCACCCAUCGACCUGCAGAGGCGGAAGGUGCGCUUCAACUCGGCCCUCAGGGCGCUCGACCUCGAGGGCUACGGGGACGACGAGGCCGGCCAGUUCCCCGUGACCAACAACGGCCACACGGUGCAGAUCAGCCUGCCCUCCAGCAUGCGCAUGACGGGCCCCGACGGCACCGUGUACCGGGCCGUGCAGAUGCACUACCACUGGGGCGGCGAGUCCUUCGAGGUCAGCGGCUCCGAGCACACCAUUGACGGGAUGCGCCGGGCCAUGGAGAUUCACGUGGUUCACUACAACGCCAAAUACGAGAGCUACGAAGUAGCCAAAGAUGCCCCGGGUGGCCUGGCGGUGCUGGCCGCCUUCGUGGAGGCUGAGAAUGCUGAAAAUACAUACUACAGCAGCUUCAUCUCCAACCUGGCCAGCAUCAAGCAUGCAGGACAGAGCACGGUGCUCCACGGCCUCUCCGUCCUGAACAUGCUGCCCCAGGACCUCUUCCACUACUACAGCUACGAGGGCUCGCUCACCACCCCACCCUGCACCCAGAACGUGCGCUGGUUCGUGCUGGCCGACUCCGUCAAGAUCUCCAAUGUGCAGGUCUGGAAGAUGGAGAACACGCUGCUGACGCACCAGAACAGGACGCUGCAAAACGGCUACCGCAGCACCCAGCCACUACACAGCCGGGUGGUGGAGGCCAACUUCCGCUAUUUCCCCAGCUCCGGUGAGUGCCGGCUGCCUGCCCGCCCUGGGCCCCUGGGCUGGGGCAGGGGUGACAGUCUGGGGGACAGUGAGGGGACCACAGUCUCAUCACCUGCUGGGCUCAGGGUCUGGCUUUCCUCACCCACCGCACUGCACCGGGCCCAGCCGUACCUUGCAUGCGCCCCUGUAUCUCCCUGCAUGAUGAGUCUGGCCACGCCUCUGCCGCGGGGUCCUCAAGGCCACAGGUCGUCUCCUGCGCCUUCUUUGGGGCCAAGCACGGGGCCCUGGGGUGCUGGGGAGGCAGGAGCUGCCCCACCUCUCUGA